AAAAAAAAGCACGAAAGCUGGCGCAUUUUAGCGCCAACUGUUGAAUUCCCAGCCUUCAUUCCUUCGUUCGUUCUUUCUUUCUUUCUUUCUCUCGGCCAGAGUACCAAAUCUCGCUCCUUGCUCCUGCUCUUGCUGCGCUUUAAUCCACUCCCUUCUCCCUUUUCCUCUCUCAGGGUUUUUGAAGGGAAUGUCUGGGAUUUUCUGGGGGUUUAUGAGUGGAGGUUGGAUAGCGGGAUGUCUUUGGAAAUUUGAGCAUGGUGAAGAUGUUUAUGAUUUUUGCCGUUUUAAUUGGAGUUGAUCAAAUGUGUUGAAUUUAAUGGGAUCUGAUCUGGUGAUAAAGAGUUGGAUGAUUGGCAUACUGAGGCUUUGUUUUGCGUAAUGGUGAUUAAAAGAAAAAAAAAAGACAGCAAUUUGUUGGCUUGAUGUUCCAGUCCUGAAUUCUGUGAGAUAUAUCUGAAAUUUUAGAAAUUCUGAUGACAAUUUUGGGAUUUAAGAGUGCAUCAAGAUAAGUCUAAUUGGGUGCAUAUUGAUUGGAUUUGAGUUUUUCAAGUACAUACUGAGGAGUUACUGUAAAGAUUAUCCAAGUGGAGAUAUCCUCAUGUGGUUGUUGCUCUGAUUGUUGCUUGACUGAUGGGGUGCUUAUAUUCAAAGGGCUGUAUUGGCCAUGUGGCUAACUCCCCAAGAGAAUUUAGGGUGAAGGAAACUAGAGCAACUGCAAAUGUAGAUGUCGGCCUUUCUCCUGAUUCUUCAGAUGGGUUGGCAGGAGAAGCUGAUGAUCAGCUGCACAAUUUGGGUGGAACAAGGGACUCUGAUGCAGGGAUAACUCGGCUUUCAAGGGUUUCAGCACAGUUUCUUCCUCCUGAGGGAUCACGUGCAGUUAGGGUUCACUUGGGAAACUAUGAAUUAAGGUACUCAUUCCUUUCACAGAGAGGGUACUACCCAGAGUCGCUGGAUAAGCCCAAUCAAGAUAGUUUUUGUAUACACACGCCAUUUGGGACAAGCCCAGAUGAUCAUUUCUUUGGUGUGUUUGAUGGGCAUGGAGAGUAUGGGGCACAGUGUUCGCAGUUUGUGAAGCAGAAGCUUUGUGAAAACUUACUUAAAAAUAGCCGGUUUCAUGAGGAUGCAGUUGAGGCUUGUCAUGCUGCAUUUUUAGCUACAAAUACGCAGCUGCAUGAUGAUACAUUGGAUGACAGUAUGAGUGGGACCACUGCAAUAACUAUAUUGGUUCGAGGCAGAACAAUUUAUGUUGCUAAUACAGGUGAUUCAAGGGCUGUUAUUGCGGAAAGGAGAGGGAAGGAGGUUGUGGCUGUGGACCUCUCUAUUGAUCAGACUCCUUUUCGAAGUGAUGAGCUUGAAAGAGUCAAGCAGUGUGGAGCUAGAGUGUUGACCUUAGAUCAAAUAGAGGGACUGAAGAACCCAGAUGUGCAAUGUUGGGGUACUGAAGAAGGUGAAGAUGGAGACCCUCCACGAUUAUGGGUUCAGAAUGGGAUGUAUCCAGGUACAGCAUUCACACGGAGCAUUGGUGAUUCAAUCGCUGAAUCUAUUGGAGUUGUUCCAAGCCCUGAAAUUUUUGUUAUGGAUCUUACUUCAAAUCAUACAUUUUUUGUGAUUGCUAGUGAUGGGGUAUUUGAGUUUAUGUCCAGCCAAGCUGUUGUUGACAUGGUUGACAAAUUCAAGGAUCCUCGUGAUGCCUGUGCUGCGGUUGUUGCUGAAUCAUAUCGACUUUGGCUACAAUAUGAAACUCGUACAGAUGACAUUACCAUCAUAGUUGUGCAUAUUAACGGGUUAACAGAUGCAAACCAUGUUCAUAAUUCUCCUUCUGUGCCAACAAGACCAUUGAAUCAAGUUAUUGAGUUAACAGGAUCAGAGUCCCCUUCUGCUGUUAGCUGGAACUCAAAGAGCAAUCGAGCAAGGCAGGAUUUGUCACGGGCACGGCUUAAAGCCAUUGAGAGCUCCCUUGAAAAUGGCCGUGCUUGGGUUCCUCCCUCUCCUUCACAUAGAAAGACAUGGGAAGAAGAAGCACAUAUUGAGCGGGCAUUGCAUGAUCAUUUUCUUUUCAGAAGACUUACAGAUUCUCAAUGCCAUGUUUUAUUGGAUUGCAUGCAAAGAGUUGAAUUCAGGCCUGGGGAUGUAGUUGUGCAGCAGGGAGGAGAAGGAGACUGCUUCUAUGUUGUUGGAAGUGGUGAAUUUGAAGUCUUAGCUACUCAGGAAGAGGGUGGGAAGGAAGUGGAAAUUAAGGUUUUGCACCGAUAUACAGCUGACAAGUUAUCAUCCUUUGGGGAGCUAGCUUUAAUGUAUAAUAAGCCUCUUCAGGCAUCUGUUCGUGCAGUGACUUCUGGAACACUUUGGGCUUUAAAAAGAGAAGAUUUUCGAGGAGUCCUUAUGUCAGAAUUUUCUAACAUAUCAUCAUUGAAGCUUCUCAGAUCAGUGGAGCUUUUUUCAAGGCUGACCAUUUUACAGCUAAGCCAAAUUGCUGAUUCACUUGUGGAAAUUUCUUUCUCUGAUGGGCAACAUAUUAUCAAUAAGGACGAGCCACUGUCUGCUUUGUAUAUCAUCCAAAAAGGUCUGGUGAGACUGACAGUCAAUGUUGACCUAUUGAGGUCCAACACUAGCAGCCUAGUUUCCCUUAAUCUUGGGCAGGAAAUUCACACUGAGGACAAAAGUGAAUGUGUAGUAGAAAUGAGGGAAGGUGACCAUUUUGGAGAAUGGGCUCUUCUUGGUGAGAGUAUUAAUUCUGUAGCUGCAGUUGCUAUAGGUCAUGCUGUUUGUGCAGUUAUUACAAAGGAGAAAUUUGAUUCAGCAGUUGGGCCUUUAGCAAAAUUGCUGCAGGAUGAGCAGAGGUUAAAAGAUUCUAUAAGGUCUAUCAAGGAGCCCACACCAGAAGUUGAUGCCGCAAAAUUGACAAAAAUUAAAUAUUCUGAUUUGGAAUGGAGAACAUGCAUAUAUGCAACUGACUGGUGUGAAGUAGGCCUUGUGCUUUUGAAAGGUUCAGAGAACAUGCUAAGUUUGAAAAGAUUCUCCAAAAAGAUAAUCAAGCAACUUGGAAAGCAAUCACAGGUCUUGAAGGAGAAAGAUCUAAUGAGAAGUUUGAACCCAUCACCAUGUGUGCCACAAGUACUUUGUACUUGUGCUGAUCAAUCAUAUGUUGGCAUAUUGCUCAACAGUUGUCUUACUUGUCCAUUGGCAAGUAUACUUCAUAAACCUCUCGAUGAAUCAUCUGCACAAUUUUAUGCUGCAUCUGUUGUUGUUGCUCUAGAGCAACUGCACAAGGAUGCUAUCCUAUAUAGAGGAGUUUCGCCAGAUGUUCUUAUGCUUGACCAAAGAGGUUGUCUGCAAAUUAUAGAUUUCAGAUUUGCGAAGAAGCUAAAUAGUGAAAGAGCAUUUACCAUACGCGGUAUGGCAGAUUCAUUAGCACCAGAGGUAGUGCAGGGAAAAGGACAUGGAUUUGCUGCAGACUGGUGGGCGCUGGGGGUUUUGAUAUAUUUCAUGCUCCAGGCUGAAAUGCCUUUUGGAUCAUGGAGAGAAAGUGAGCUAGAGACAUUUGCCAAGAUUGCCAAAGGACAACUAACUCUUCCCCAGACAUUCAGCAUGGAAGCAGUUGACCUCAUCACCAAGUUACUUGAAGUUGACGAAGCUGCCAGACUUGGAACCCAGGGCUCUGAUGCCAUCAAGAAUCAUUCAUGGUUUUCUGGUUUUGAUUGGAAUGGAAUUUACAAUGGUACCUUUCCCGUUCCUCAGGAGAUCACUUCUCGAAUAGAUUUGUACCUUGAAAAUCACGCAGAAGACAUCGUAUUGCCUGCAUCCUCUGCUCUAGAUGGAGAUGAGCUCAAUACUCCAGAAUGGCUUGAAAAUUGGUAAAACUUCUCGUCUACUCAUGAUGAAGGAGCACAGAAAAAUGCUUUGCGCGAUUUUCGCGGAGGAGUUCCACUGAAGCUUUCACUGAUUGGUCAUCACUUUAAUUCAUUGGUCUUUCUUCGAUUUUUUAAACUAGUUACGAUAAUCAAAGAUAAAAAAAAAUAAUGGAACAUGGAAAAUCACAGUGAGGACUCUUGAUUAGGAUCUGACUUGUCAUGCCUGGCUUCAAAACCAGCACAAUUUCUUCGACAGCACCAGCAUUAUCAUUGCUCUUUGUUCUUUGCCAUGACAGUCAGAGAUGUGUUGAUAUUUGGUGUAGAUCGUCGUGUUUGCCCUCCUCAGAGUUUUAACUGUAAAGGUGAGUUUCAAAUUAUUUGCGAAGUAUCCAGUAUUCUUUUGUCGGAAUUUUUAUUUCUGACUGAAUGUUAUCGAAUUCUUUUUGUUUUAUCUCCGCGAUGCUCGUCACUGGGUGACAAAGUUAAAUUUGUUCUCUUCCAUAGUGAAAAUUGUUUAUGAUUCACUUGUGAAUAAGAAUGUGUGGGGUGUUGUAUUAUAUCAUAUGUAACAGCAUUCACAAUAUAUGAUUUUGUAUAGUGCCCUCUUGUUUAUUGAGCAAUUGAAAUCUUUUUCCGGUAA